CAGGACGGAAGCAAGCCUGUGACCCCACCCAGUGAGCGGUGGGACACGGACAGUGGUUUUUCAUCAGAGGGUAGUCUGCCAGCCAGUGGCCGGAGCUCACCCUCUGUGUGGAUGAGCCCAGACAGACUGGUUGCUAUGGACUGUGAGAUGGUGGGCACUGGUCCUGGAGGCCAGUGUAACGAACUGGCACGCUGCAGCCUGGUGGGAUAUAGUGGUAUUGUGCUUUAUGACAAAUACAUCCUCCCUCGUCAUCCAGUUACAGAUUACCACACGGGCUGGCGUGGCAUUACGGAGCACCAUUUGAUACGGGCACUGCCCUUUGAGGAGGCCAGAAAGGAGAUCUUACAGAUUCUGAAAGGGAAGGUGGUGAUUGGCCAUGCUUUACACAAUGACUUCAGGGCCCUUGAAUUCAUCCCUCCCCGUCACUUGAUCAGAGACACAUCGCGCAUGCACUGCCUCCGAGACAUGUGUGGUGUGCCUGUCAAGGCUUGUGUCCCAUUGAAGACGUUAGCACAGAAACUCCUGAGCAGGGAAAUUCAGGGCGACAGGUUGGGACACUGCUCUGUGGAAGAUGCCCGUAUUGCCCUGGAGCUGUAUAAACUGGUUGAGGAGCAGUGGGAAGCGGACAUGGCAUCCACAGUAUCAGACUCAGACCUUCUCCUCAGCCCCUCAUUUACCCCAGAGCACUACAUGCAGGGCUGGCUCGAUCACAUGAUGGACUGUAGCCAAUAGAAAGCAGUUGAGUUUGUGUGUUUUAACGUGAUGUUCAGAUUAAGUUCACCAGUUACCCACAGGUCUUGGCUUAUCUGGAUUGCAGUUUUACAUUCUUAA